UUGCUAAAUGAGCUACCGAUCUUUUCCAAAAAUCGAUCGUACCGUUCCCAUCUUUUCCCAACAUUUUCACACCUUCUACUACUUUCCAUCCUUACCUCGGCAAAACGGUUUCGUUAUGCUGCACUAAUGCGGGAGCCAUCGCGAUGGCUCCUUUCACUCCAGCCGUACUAUAAAACCAAAGUAAAUAUACACAGCCACACACACACAACGCCGCUCUCACCUGAGCUUGCGCCGCUUAACGUCUCAUUUCACUCAUUUGCCGCGCACGGCCGCAGGGUGAGCUGUUUGUGCCCCAGCUUGUGUGGAGCAGGGAAGUAACGAGUCACAAUGUCUGGCCACAUUGCAGUGGCGUCCCGCUACGCAGAGCUCUCAGUCGUAACGUAGCUUUUGUCUGAACCGCGUCGAGUGGCUGGAGACUCGAGCUCUCCCACGUGCAUUUUGCAGCAGAUUUUCGUUUGCGCGUUCCGUUCCGGUAGUAUUUCGCGCACCGUAAAAUUUAAAACACGUGUACUCAUAGAACUGCAGAUGGACUGCACUGAUGGGACUCUGAAGCAGACCCUGUGUGAAGGCUUAAACCUUAACGAACAUUAAAAGCAAUCCAACAUUAACCUACUGUUCGCUAUUAGUCCGGUUUCAAACGUUGGGUGAAAGGUGUCAAAACCGUGUGUUACUUUAGUUUUUUUCUUCUGUCGAAUACACACACAUAGUGACCCCAAAGGAUGAUGAUAAGCUUUUAAAAGGCAGCGUGCUACCAACCCUUGGACGCAUCACUUACGCAAUUCUUCAGUCUGCAAUCAAUUGCAACCGGUACACAGCAAACGGUGAAACAGCAAACAACCUCCAGUAGUUUAACCGGGUGAUUUCGCAAAACCGAGAUUAGUACAUCGCGAAACAGCAAACGAUGCCUGCCGAAGACUCCUCAGCUUCUUUAGUGGCCCGGCAGGGUUACUGGAAACCGUCGGCACGCUGCUACCGUUUCCUGCUGAUCCUGCUGGUCGGUGUUCUGAGUGGGAAGCUACUAACAACUGCCCGUGCAAAACCAACGCUGCCAUUCCAGCUGUCACAAAUACCCGGCUUCACGCACAUCGUCGAACGUCGGCUAAUGGAUGCGAUGAAAUCUUACAGCGAACGUCGUUUGGACGUGGAAAGUCUGCGAAUGAUCUACUUUCACGACCAAACCGUGGCUGUGGUUGAGCUCGGGCCCGCCAAACGUCUCAUCGGAUGUGAACUGAUCGAGAUCUAUAAUGAUGGAGACGGGGUAGAAUUGUUGCGCAAUCUGUCAACUAUAAACCGGCCGCUGGAAAUUUCCUUCCGCGAUAUGAUAAAGCUGAUGGAGCAGUGCGAACAGAUAGAUCGACUUAACGAGCGUAACAGCUACCGACCGGUGGAAGGUUCGGACUCUUCACCGAUCGCUUAUCGGAUUGCGGGACCGGAACGUGAGGGCGCGGAAGAGGAGAGUACCAAUAACUCCGGUUCCGCCACUAGCAAUAACGGAGGAUUUUUGGCCAUGAUCAUGAAAAAUCGCAGCAGUAAGAGAGGCAUCUUCUACUCAAGCUCUUUCUCGCUGCUUAGUGGCAUUAUACCCGGUACUAAAUGGUGUGGAACGGGAGAUAUCGCGGAGAGUUAUCACGAUCUCGGGGAGGACGCAUCGAUGGAUCGGUGCUGCCGUACGCACGAUCUGUGCCCGAUGAAGGUGCGAGCCUACCAGAAGCGUUACAAUCUGAGCAAUAACUCCAUCUACACAAAGUCUCAUUGCAAGUGCGAUGACAUGCUAUUCGAGUGCCUUAAGCAGACUAACACCUCCGCAGCUCAAGUGAUGGGAUCAGUAUACUUUAACUUAGUUCAAGUACCGUGUGUGGAAGAUACUCCUUCAGGUCCUCAGUUCCGGAAGGCUCGUGAAGGUUUUUGAAUAAAAUCUAGAUGUGCCUGAUGUGCCAGGAGAUGUAUGUACAAGUUUAUACGAGUGUAAGUGUAGUAGGCAUAUGUAUGAACACCCACAGCCAAAGGCACGAAUCAUUAGUGAAAAUUCGUAAACAAUGCCCUCAGCACAAUGUUUACUGUGAUAAAGAAAAAAAGUCAACGAUACGGGAUGGGAACGUGAAAACUGUCUACGAAGGGAAGAAAUUGAGCGUUUGAGGGUAUGCACAUCUAUCUGAAAAGCAGUACAACUGCCCUGUAUUAGCGUAUGCAACGUGCUUUAGAUUUUAGACCGGUUAUUAGACUUCCUAAGAAAACUGCAAACAAUCUAGAAUACUGCGAAAGAUUUUAACAUGCAUCUUAUCUUAUCGACUCUUUCUUAACAAAUGUUUUUUUAUUUUAUUAGUUUUCUACAUCUCUAAAGUCUCUUCGCAAAACACGUUUGUAUAUGAUAUUUAUUGAAUGUUACUAGAUGGUGUAUUUUAUACGUGCUUGGGCAACCUCAAAAAAGCAUCAUAAAGGAAUGAUGAAAAUGAAGAUAGUUGAAAGUUCUUUGAAGCUGUUGCAAUACAUUCGUAGCGUUUCGCUUCACCUAACGGUGCUGGCUCGGAAAUUAGUGAUACGGAACGACUACCGGUUUCUUCGUUUUGAUGCUGUCACGGCAUCCAAGAAAUCUCGUUAUGAAGGAACCCUCUCAUCCGGAACGUCUGCAACGGGCACCACGUGGUUGGAAUAUCAUUGGUCCAGACUGUUUAUCUUGAAAUUUGUAAUCGCAAUGAUACAUGAAUCAAACGUAAUAAAGGAGGAGAAUAGGUCUUGGUGCAGAAACCGUUACAGACAGGUGUACUGUUGCAUAGAAAAAUAUUUUUAAAAAAUAUAUAAUAUUUACAUUAUAGAACGUAUUUUGCAAUUGAUUUUUUUUAAUAUAUAAGCAUGAAUAAAGUGAAUAGAAAAUAUGAAAUUUCA